AUGCGCAGACAGAACCCGCGACAUCUACGUAUCUGCGUUCCUGACCUCUCGGACCCUCGCAUUGCUGAGGCUCCCGUGAGCAUGCGUCUCCCGACCGUAUGGCGCGCGCUAUGGUGUCUGGUAUUCCUUACUGGGCUCGUAGUGGUCAGUGUGCUGUAUACGUUGGGUUGGACAAGAGAAGACGGGCUGAAAAUAUUCCGACCGGGGAUUGGCUCCGGGACAUGGCUAGACUGGAAGAGUGGUGUAAGUGACGAGGUUGAGUCGGUGGAAGCGCAACUGCCUGAAGGUUUGCAUCCCAUUGAGUUCCUGAUGAGCCAGGCAGGGAAACACUUCGAUGCCUUGAUCGCGACUGAAACAACAACCCUACACCAUGCAGCGGCUCAGUACCGAAAGAAACGCGGUCGUCACCCACCACCUGGUUUCGAAGCUUGGUACGCCUAUGCCGUCGAGUCCGGUGCCGUCGUGAUAGAAUCGUUCUGGGAUCAGAUAUACGAAGACUUGAAGCCCUUUUGGGGUGUCGAUCCCGUCGUCCUACGCAAACAAACCCAUGCCUUCUCGCCCAAGAUCUCGAUCCGCAACGGCGAGGUAGAGGGUAGCACGAAUAACGCGUACGAAAAGUUGGAUAUCUGGGUCGAUAUGCUGCGAACUUUGGCAAAGCAUCCUCAGAUCAAACUUCCAGAUGCGGAUAUUCCGGUUAAUGUGAAUGACGAACCUGCUAUGUUGGUGCCGUGGGAGAUGUUGGAUACAGUGGUAUCGAUAGCUCGACCUAUGAUGUUGAAGCCAGAGGAUAUUAUAUCAGAUUAUAGAGGCUUAAAAGAUAUCGAAGAGUUGACGGCAAACUUGACGUUCGAUCCAGAAUGGCUUGGUCCACGACUCACACAUCCCGCUUCACAUCUAGGUCCGCGUCCGUUCUGGUCACUCGUACGUCCAGCGUGUCCACCGGGGAGUGCAGCAAGGAAGACACACGUGUUCAAUGACAUUUGGGAUCCGGAAGGCGAAACGAGUGAAGCGCAUUCGGCGGCUGCUUUGUUGCCUACUGAGCUGCCUGGAGAAGGUUUGAGAGGGUACAGAAAGAGUUUCGCGAACGCCGUUGAUGCGUGUCAGCAGCCGAAUUUACAGGGUCUUCAUAGCGCAUUCGUCUCCCCAAAUUCGAUGAGUGUGACGCAGAAGCUAUUCCCUCUCUUCGGCGAUGGCAAGCUCGCUAUGAGCAGCGAGAUCCUCAUUCCAGGGGCUAAAGAGUGGAAUCUUAGCAUCGCAUCCUCAGAUUCACCAGAUACACCAUGGGAUAAGAGAGUCAAUAAGCUCUUAUGGCGUGGCCCUACAACCCAAAGCCGCGAUUCAGCGCGCUACUGGCAGCACUUCCAGCGCGAGCGUUUUGUCAGCAUGCUGAACGCGACGCAUGUUGAGAUUGCAGAAGCGUCAAUCCAUUCAGGCAAUGAGAGCACAGUGGGCGUAGGCUAUGCGAGUAAUUUUCGACUUCUGCCGGCUAACGAGUAUCACAUUAACAGCCUGACCCAAGGACAGUUGGCAGAGUGGGUAAACGGAUGGGCAGAUGCUGCAUUCACGGAUCAACGCUGUGGUAGGGAAAGCGAGAAAGACUGUGCAUACCUUAACAAGUACUUUACUGCCGAUAUUCAAGAAGUGAUUCAGGACGAGGACACAAAGUAUGCGGCUAUAGUGGAUGGUGACAGUGGUGACGAUGGCAGUGAGCUCAUACGGCAUCUUCGCCACGGCAGAGUCACGCUCCGAGCCAGCAUCCACCGCAAAUGGUACGAUAGUCGUCUCGUACACUGGCUGCAUUUCAUCCCCAUGGACAACACAUUCGUCGACUUGUACGGCAUCAUGGAGUAUUACCUAGGCACGAACGUUAGUGACGAAGCUAAAGAGUUCCCACAUGCAGUGGGUGAAGUGCAAAAGCAUGAGCACCACUUCAAGACACCAGCCGUUGAUUCCGAAGAGAGUUUCAGGGAGCAUGAGCAUAUCAGGCGGGAAGAAGACAAUCGCAACGACACCGCGAAGAAGAUAGCUGAAGCGAGCAGAGAGUGGGCUAAGAAGGUGUUGAGGCGCGAAGACGUGCUCGUAUACGUAUACCGAUUAUUACUCGAGUAUGCCAGAAUAUUAGAUGACAGGCGAGAGAGAAUGGGAUGGGUAGAAGAUCUGAAGGGAGAGUGA